UGGAGCUGCUCUGGUAAAAGCAGGAAGCUCUGACUGAAGCGGGGAGGAUUCUGCUGGCCUUCAGCUCCUCGGUGUGGGAGAACCAUGGCAUUUCUGAUGAACCAGAUGCUGAGCAGCAAGCUGAAGACGUUCUCGGGCGGAGGCGCUGAGGAGGAUGGAGCCGCGGCGGGAAACGGGAAGGAGACGCCCGAGUCCAAAGGCAUGUCCAGAGAGGAGUUUGAGGAGUACCAGAGGCAGCUGGUGGAGGAGAGGAUCCAGCGAGACAAAGACUUUGCCACAAAGAAAGCUGAGAGAGCAAACCUGCGAGUGGCUCUGAGAGACAAAUACAGACUUCCAGAAAGCGCUCAGGACAGCGCCACCGUUCAGAUGGCUGGGGAUGACAUCGACCUUCCAGAGGACCUGGCAAAAAUGGUGGACGAAGACGAAGAAGAAGAGGAGCGCGACGAAUCCUUCCUCAACCAGCUGCAGAGCAUGGAUCUGGAUGCUCUGAAAACCAAGGCCCAGUCCACAAUGACGGAGAUGAAACAGACGGCUGAGGAGAAGUGUAGCGUGAUGUGA